AUGUCGACACCAGAGUACGCACCGAACGAAGCACCACUGCUAUACGGAGUGAAUAGCAAGAAGAUAGCCGACAGUGUCUCGGCCGGUGACAAGAGACAGAUCAAGGAGUUCGUGCGUGGCGCAUGGUGUAACGAUGCCGCCGAAUCCCUCAAGUACGGGGAGACGUGA